AUGGCGGUCUCCGCCGGAUCAGGUGUACAAGUUCCUCGUAAUUUCCGGCUCCUGGAUGAGCUGGAGGAGGGCCAGAAGGGCGUUGGUGACGGGACAGUGAGCUGGGGUCUGGAGGAUGAUGAAGACAUGACUUUAACACGAUGGAGAGGAGUGAUUCUGGGCCCACCCAGGACGAGUUAUGAAAACCGGAUGUACAAUCUGAAGGUGGAGUGUGGGCCCGGAUACCCAGAGUCCCCUCCGUUUGUCAGAUUUGUCACACAGAUAAACUUGAAUGGCGUUAACAAAUCCAAUGGCAUGGUCGACUUGCGAGCAGUCUCAACUUUGACAAAGUGGCAGAACUCCAACAGUAUUCGGAUGGUGUUACAGGAGCUCAGACGACAUAUGACGUGUAAGGAGAACAUGAAGCUGCCCCAACCUCCGGAGGGACAGAUCUACUCCAACUGA